AUUGGUUACAUAGUAACACUGAUAAGCGCUUAUCUUUUAUGUGGAGGAAGAGAUCAACAUUUGAUUAGCCAGUUUGUUUGUCAGCUAUUAUAUAUUGUGAAGUGGUCGUUUACAAUGUAAAAACACUCGAAGGUCUGAAGGUUUAGUGAGUGAGUCUUAAAAAUGCAUUUCUCGAAGCAGCUCUUUGUUUUGGCCGCCAUCGCAGUGUGUUGUGGACUGAGAGUCGUGAGUUGCGAAUCGGUGGAUGGGAACAAAACGUCGCUAUCGCCAUAUCUCAACAAGAGAUACGAACUGGCUAAGGGUGACGACGACAACUUCGAGGACCUGAUGGAGUACCUCGGCGUCGGAUGGCUGAUGAGGAAGGCGAUCGUGAUGGCGAAGCCGGUCAUGGAGUUGAAGCUGGGCGGCGGUCAGUACACCCUGUGCUCCGAGUCGUUCUUCAAGAACAUCUACACGACUUUCCGACUCGGGGUUGAGUUCGAGGAGAAGACGCCUGACGGACGUUAUGUCGACACGAAAUUCACAGCCGAGGGUAACAAGCUGACACAGACCCAGAAGGACGAGAAGGGCAGGGUGACGACGAUAGUCAGAGAGUUCAAGCCUGAGGAAGUUGUCGUCACGGCCUCUGUGGAUAAAUACUCCUGUGUCCGCAUCUACAAGGCUGUAGCAGCGUGAAUCGAACUAUAUAAUAUAGUCUAAACUACGUGAUAAUGUGCUGUAGUAUUCAGGGUAAGAGAACAUAAAUAAUUACUCAAGAGGCCACUUCUUUUAAUCCUAAUCUUUUUUACAAGGUAGAAGAUUUAAAAAUUAUUUAAAACGUACUAAAAUCCAUAGCGGUUUUUAAGAUUUUGCCUCAAAAAAUAGUUUGGUUUGUGGAAAUGUGUUUGGCAACCCAAUUUUAGAAUCAGUUCAUUGGUUUUGUUUAUUUUUUGUCUGCCAUCUUACUUUAGUUACUUUAUUGUAGUUUGGCUAAGGCGUAUUUACAAUCAAUAACUUCCAAGGUUUUCUAUAUGUGUAUAUAUAUAUAUAUAUAUAUAUAUAUAUAUAUAUAUAAUGUAUAUAUUAUAUAUAAUGUAUAUAUAUAUAAUAUAUAUAUAUAUAUAUAUAAUAUUUAAAUAUAAUAUGUACCGUAAAGUGAAUGGUCUCAAUUACAUUCAAUGCGAUCUUAUCAAAGUGUAGGGAAACAAUAAAUGUAUUUUAAGGUAAUAUUUAUGGUUUUUUAGGUUACUUGCGACAGUUUAUAACAGCAGAAAGUAAAAUAUUGUUAUUUACCCUCUAUUGUGGAAUUAAAUUAAACAUAUGUUA